CUCAGCUCAGCAGUCAGCUGUUGGAGUGUGUCGGGGGGAGAUGUGUUCUUGAGUCUCGUUCACUCUCCAGUGUUUUGGUCACUGCAAACAUGGAGUUUAAGAACGGGUGUUCAACGCAGCGAGGGAUGGUAACCUGCGCAGGCUGAAGAUGUUGCUGGAUCAUCGUAGCCGCGUUGAGAUGACUCGCAUGGUGUGCGCGCGAACGAAUGGAGCUACCCCACUCGUCAUGGCCUCCAAGAAUGGGCAUCUUUCCUGCGUUGAGUACCUCGUGGAACGGUGCAGUGCUGACCUCGAACAGGUUGGAUCAGUUGUGUUUGAUGGUGAGACCAUAGAUGGAGCUCCUCCUCUAUGGUGCGCUGCAGCAGCUGGUCACCUGGAUGUUGUAUCCUAUCUCCUAGAGAAAGGUGCUAACGUCAAUGCAACAACCAAGACCAACUCCACUCCACUCAGAGCAGCUUGCUUUGAUGGACAUUUUGAGAUUGUAAAAUAUUUAGUCGAACAUAAUUCAGACAUUGAGGUUGCCAACCGCCAUGGCCACACAUGUUUGAUGAUCGCUUGUUAUAAAGGCCACUUUGAGAUUGCCAAAUACCUCAUAGAAAUUACAGCAAAUGUCAAUCGCAAAAGUGUUAAGGGUAACACAGCACUACAUGAUUGUGCAGAGUCUGGUUCAUUGGACAUCAUGAAGCUUCUCUUAGAUCAUAAUGCCAAGAUGGAUGUAGAUUCUUAUGGAAUGACACCAUUACUAGCAGCCAGUGUUACUGGCCACACACACAUUGUUGAAUAUCUUAUAUCUCGAACAGACCUAAUAUCACGGAAAGAUAAAAUUGAUGCCCUAGAACUACUUGGAGCUACCUAUGUUGACAAGAAGAGGGAUAUGCUUGGAGCUCUCAGAUUUUGGAAGAUGGCUAUGUCUGAAAGAUAUGAAAAUGGUAUAAUGAUAUACCCAAAACCGAUACAACAGUCUCCUAUUGCUGCAUACGAAAACUCUGUAGAAGUGAUGACCUUGCAGCAGCUUGAAGAGAUUAUUUCAGAUCCAGAUGAAAUGAGAAUGCAAGCAUUACUUGUGAGGGAGAGAAUUCUUGGACCAGCCCAUCCUGACACUAGUUACUACAUCCGGUAUCGAGGGGCUGUUUAUGCUGACACUGGAAACUUUGAUCGAUGUAUAACUCUUUGGAUGUAUGCACUGGAUAUGCAGCAGAAGAUCCUUGAGCCUCUCAGUCCAAUGACACAAAGCUCAUUUGUUUCAUUUGCUGAAUUAUUCUCUUUUAUGAUGAGUGAAGCUAAAAACCGUGGCAGGAGAGUGCCAGUGGUAAACUUUUGUGAUAUGAUGCGAGUGUUUGAAAAAUGUUUGCGAGAGGUUGAAGUAGGCAUGUAUCAGCUUAGCAAGAUUGUAAAUGGCUGUAAUGGUAUAUUAGCAAAUGGUGGAGAGCGUGAUACUACUUAUUUUCACCGUACCCUUGUAAUAACUAUGCAUCUGGUUUGUUUGCUUACUAAAUUAGGACCUGGUUUAACUCCACUACAACGACACACCAUGAGAAAAGCAGUGUAUCAGUUAAUACGCCUGGAUCCACGUGGGUCAGGAGGCGUAACUCCUUUACAUUUGGCUUGCUCAAAGGACUCAUCAGCAACGGUUGGAAGAUUUCCAAUAUGUACCUUCCCAAGUUUGGAGGUUGUAGCUCUAUUAUUAGAAGUUGGGGCAGACUCUUGUGCCACAGACCAUCAGGGCAAUACCCCACUCCAUACACUAGCCAGCAACAAGCAGUGUCGACGAGAACUGCUAAUUGUGCUUCUUGCUGCUGGUGCCCACCUUGAUACUCUUAAUAGAUCUGGCCAGAGCUUUGCUUCCUUACGUGCCUCUCGUAUGCAGCGUCUUCACCAACUAAUAAAUCCCCUACACCAUACCUCUUUACAGUGCCUGGCUGCUGCCACUCUCCGUAGACAUGGCCUUCCUUACAAUACGGUCUUGCAUCCUCGCCUUGCACAGUUUGUCGACCACCACUGAUCCUAUCUUUAAAUAGCUCAAUAAGAUAUCCCACUCCUUGUAUAUAAACAUAGUAAUUAAGCAUGUGUACAUAUAUACAUAAUCAUUAUCUUUACAUUUGAGUAAAGGCAUAUGUAGCCAUAAUUGAUUGGGUGAUGUAUGACAUCAUCUCCAAGUGGCAUUAUAUUGUAAGUGGCCCAGCAUUGUAUUGAUCACUGUGGUUUAUGGCUAAUGACACCUCCCAGGUUUUCAGUUUUCCUAGAGGCCUCUACUCGGUAACAUACAAGUAAUUGGAAUAAGUAAAAGAGACUAAUUUGAUCUGUGCAGUGUCUAGAAUAUAUUCAAAGUUUCUAUUGAAUGAAAUCAUGUUGACUUAGGGCACUGUAGACUGAAAGUAUAUUUCAAGAUGAUUAAGAAAGUAUUUUGUUUAAAUCAAAACAAAAUUGCAUUUAUAUUACUGUUGAAGGACAUUUGCUUUUUAGUGUGCAUUUCAAAUGCAAAAUUCUUCAUUGAUUAAAUCUUCUUUGGUACAUUUUAAUAUACAGAAGUGAGCAUUAACAACCAGUGUUGAGGUUUGAGGAUAAGUGUUAAUAUUGGGGAAAUGUUAGUUCUUUCCAUGGCAGUGAAUUAUGAAGCAAAUAGUAUGAGUGCAUCAGGUGCUAUGGUGUCUUUACGAUGAAAUUCUUCAUUGGAUUUGCAUUUAAUGUAGGGAUGCAGUUUGUUUAUGCCUUAAAAUAGUAUGAAAGUUUUUUUUUUUUAAAUCUGAUGCUAUGAAUUUUCCAUGUGUGAAGCAGCAUACAGUAGUUCCCAUCACUGAAGUAGUAGAAUAUGUUCUGCAGAAUUGCCCUGGACUGAAGCAGAAUGUUCUAUAGUACAUCAAUUCACUGAAGCCGUAGAACACCUGUACUACAAUACAUGUACAUGUACUUCCCUUCAAUCUCGAGUAUUGGAAAUAUUGUAUACUAGUUAUCAUUUGUAUUGUAUAUCAUCGGCCAUAAGACAAGGAUGGGGGGGAUGUAACUUAAAUACAGUACAGUAAUACAAUUUGCACAACCAUAGAUAUAAGACAAGUUGUUUUCAGUUCUCACAGAUGGGAAGCAGUCAAGUAUUUUCUGCAUCAACAGUCAAUACAUGCAAUAUUUCCAUAUCCUGUGAUAGGAGGAUGGGGGUAUUACUCUAAGUAUAUUUAUUUAGUAAAGAAAUCUUGCCUUGUGUCCAAUAAUUAAUGAUAACCUUUCUUUCAGUAUACAAUGGAAUUUAAAUGGUCAAGAUACUUAAAAAAAAAAAAAAAAUAUAUAAACCAAAUUUCUAAGAGGUUGAAAGCAAAUUCCUCAUAUGCACUGAACUCCUGGGUGAUGAAAAAGACAGGAAAUAAUUGAAAGGCUCAGGCAGUUAUAGUAAAGUUUUCUAGUGUCAUUUUUUUUUUAUUUCAAAAGUUAGAGAAAAUCAGGCAAGUUUAUAUUUGACUUGGUUCUGCAGCUAUGUUUGAAAAAAAAAUCGAUGUACAAUAUCAUGAAACAUUGGCAGAAAUAUAAAUUUCAACUGAUGUUCCUUGCACUGUUGGUUUAUCUGUGAUACAGUUUAUGUUGCUUAACUACUCCUAGACUAGCAUUUUGACAAUUUUGUACAAGUUAUAGCUAAACAAACACAGGUUCUAUGUAGCAUUUUAAAAUUUUGCCUUUGUAAUGUAUUCAGAUGUAUUUUUUCUUGACUGGAACAUUACACUGGAUUUUGAUGUGUGUAUUAUUUCAUGUUUUAUUGUAUUGCAAGAUCAUGAGCCUGUAGAAGUUAACAAGAAUGUAACCUGAAAUCUGUAUUCAUCAAUCACUCCUUUCUUAACCUGUAAAGAAAAAUCACUUGACAUUAAUUUUAAUGAAGUGUAUUGCUCAUAAAGUGCAAGUAUAUUUUUAAAAUGUAAUUUUAUUAUACGUAUAAACAAAUAGUAAAAUUGCAAGUCUUACAGCUUUUAAAUGUAAUAUAUAAAGUAUCAUUCACAAUAAAUUGUCAAGUACAAUGCAAAUUGUGUUGCCUCUGAUAUGAAGGCGUCAUCCAGUCUUUGAAGAAGAUAUGAAAGCUUCUAUCCUGACUUUGUGAUCUGAAAAGAAAUUGCAUUGAAGAUUAUUAUAAUAAAAAAAGUGCUAAACCCACUAGGUCAUACAGUGCUGCAGGGCAGGGGGUGUUGCUGGAUCAUAGAAUAGCAAGGGUGGAAGGAUAACAGAGGCAGAGUUAGAAAGGGCAUUGAAGAAUGUAUUCUCUGAACUGUUUAAGGUUUAUGGCAGCUCAUUGAUAUCCGAGACAUAAAAAUAUAUUACAGCCUCUCCUCACUUAACGACGGAGUUCUGUUCCUGAGACUUUGUCAGUAAACGAAUUCGUUGCUAAGUGAGGGGCAUACUAUAAUGGUAGUGGGUUUGUGUCAACCAUCUUUGAUAUUUUUUUAAUGUCACCUUGGCACCAUUUAUAACAUUUCUGGUAUAUUUUUCAAUGUUUAUACAGUAGUGUACUGUAUAUUGUAAUAAACAGAACAGAGAAAAUCAGCUCUAAUAUACAUUAUUUAGGUAUGCAUACUGGUCAGAGUAAGUCCGAGUCGUUGGUAAACGAGUACAUCGCUAAGUGAGGAGAGGCUGUAUAAUUAUGAAUUUCAUACAUACUACUACUAAAGUUUUUGUAGCAUUAUUGACUUCUAAAGGUAAAUAAGAUGUAUGAAAUGAACCGAAAUAUUAAAUUUACUUUUAGAAAUUUGUAUCCAUUAUGCUGUGUAACCGCAAGGUACAUUAUCGUAGACUUUUUUGACCAGGUAAUCAAUAAAGUGGGAAUAUUUGGACAAAAAACGUUCAUGUGGGGCGAGUUGACCAUCCUAUAAUGGGAUGUCUGUCAGUGAUGUUCUUUACUAAAGGGUAAAUACAUUUACAUUAUUUAUCAUUUUAGUUUAAAUUUUACAAAUUUUUAAAAGUAACUUAUUGAAUAUUAAAAUAAAGCAGCUUCACAGGUAACACUUGUAAUAUAUAAAUUAUGAAUCUUAUAAAAAAUUAAUUGAAAAAUUGUGUGUGCAUAUGUCAGUGUAAUUACAUCUGGGAUUAAGAGUAAAGCAUUUGCAAGAUGGUGUGACUAAUUUAAAAAAAAAAAAAUAAAGUUUUGAACCCCCCCCUU